GUCAUCACCGUGCGCCAUGUGUUUACAUUUUACACACACACACACGAACAUGGAAAAUAUAUUUGGAUUAACUUUGCUCUUCUGUCUAAUCGGUCGUUUGGUUAAUCAGCUUAUAUCGACCGAGAUCAGACUCAUCAGAAAAAGGAGAUUAAGGAUUAGAGAUUUAAUUUUGAACACACAUAACAGGAUACGGCGCCAGAGACGAAGACAAAGACAGAUCCAGCUGUAUCACCAGUUACGUCGCAGACCACCUUCAGUUUGGGUCCAUCAGAGAGCAAAUGACUGGUGGACUGUUGUGGUUCCUAACUUUACAGAUGACCAGUGGAGCCAAAAUUUCAGAAUGUCUGAAGACACAUUCCUGUACCUCUGCCACAGGUUACGAACAGCAAUGGAGAAGCGGGACACCAACUUUCGUCUGUGUGUACCCAUAAAAAAACGGGUAGCCAUAGCACUAUGGAAGCUGACCACCAACAGUGAGUUAAGACUUGUUUCCCAUUUGUUUGGCGUUGGCGUUACUACGGUGUGGCGAUGCGUUCGGGAAUUCUGCACAGCAGUUAAUGAAGUACUGCUGCCAGAACUGAUACCAUUCCCAAAUGAUGAUAAGCUAAUGGAAAUGGCCAUGAACUUUGAGCAGAGAUAUGGACUUCCACAGUGUGUUGGGGUUAUCGCUGGAUCACAUAUCCCAAACGUUCCCACGGAGUACCACGCUGAGUAUUUUAACCACAUGGGCUGGCAUUCUAUCAUACUACAAGGGGUUGUAGAUGGAAACGGACUCUUCUGGCACGUAUUUGCAGGAAGUCCUGGCAGUAUGCAUGAAGCUACAGUUCUGCAUGUGUCAGGAUUGUGGGAUCUCAUAGGACAAGGACUAUUUCCAAACCAUACCAAAAAAAUUUCUAGUCAUGAUGUUGGCUACUACCUCCUUGGUAAUGCCGCAUUUCCGUUGCACAGCUGGCUGAUGAAACCAUUCUUCGACACGGGGCAGCUGACGGCCGAACAGAGGACCUACAACCAGAAAAUCUACCGAGCAAUUAGUGUGGCUGAAAAGGCUUUCGGUCGGCUGAAGGGACGAUGGAGAUGCCUUCUGAAACGCAACGACAGCCACAUAGACCUUGUAAAAACAAUGGUGCUUACCUGUUGUGUUCUUCACAACUUGUGUGAAACACAAGGUGAGCAUUACAGUGAGGAAUGGGACCCUCCUGCUGCAGGAGACCAGAUCUUACUGGCAUUGCCACCAGAGGGAGAUGGCGAAGGUGUAGCCGUGGGUGUGCGCGAUGCCCUGGUGCAUUAUCUAAACACAGACAAUUGUGUGUCUCUGUUGUCUGAGUAAAGCUUAUAAACACAGCAGUCUCUGGCUUUCUAAUUUACACAGACAAAUAUCUGAAUUACAAAGAAGUAAAGAGGUGUAAUGAUCCUGUGUUCACAAUUUGAUUCUCAGUAAAUUUAGAAAGAAGAAAAAUUCUAACUGAAAAGACGUUUUAUUUCUGUAUAAUAAACAAUACAAAACAAUUUCCAUAUGAAAAUAAAUAAAUGUAAAAAAUGCUAGAUGUUUAACACUGUAAACAGAACAUACUACAGAUUCACUUUAUCUCUUCUAAAAAUAAAUAUAUUUACAAAUUCCUCCAAAAUUCUUAAACACAAAGUAUCUGACCGGAAGACUUUGAAGAUACGCAUAAUGAGCUCUGCUAAAAUGCCCGAUUUCCACCAGCCUCUUUCUCAGGCACUGCAUUUCACAGAGGUGUGGGGAUGGUGUUCCAAAGCUAUUGAAGAGCUCCAUUUAACAGAUGACCAUAUAAACAUAUAACGCCUGUUGGUCACUGCACUCAAGAGCCAUCAGGCUGUUGUUGACUUCAUAAGUGCCAAUGAACCUCACAGGGUCACCACAUGAAGAAUAUGAUCACAUGACCAACGUUCUCAGGACAUAUUUGAACUCUUUGGGAUGUACAGAUAAGGACCUCUGGUGUUCAAACAGGGCAUGUGGUUCUGUGUGUAAGUAGCAGAUUGCUGAUAUUGCAUGAUGCACAUGGUAUCAUUACACCCCUUGAAAUUCAGUUCCAGGUUGUCACAGGUUCUCAGCCCUGGACUUGAAGUACCCCCUCAUUGCACACUGGGGCAUUUAAUCUAACGUGUGUGUGUGGUGUUGGAGUGUGUGAGUGGUUUACACUGUUUAUGGGUGUUGGAUAAUGUCAGCUGUAGUCUGAUUGCACACCAUCACGCCUCGUGACAUCACUCAUGGACUGAGAACGAUCCAUCGCCUACAUCGUGUCUGAUCAGUGAGUAGUCCUGCAUCUACAAAGCAAGACACAAACACUUACAAGUACAACAAAUAAAACACACUGGAACGUGUGUACUGAAAAGAGCUUAUUAUUAUUUUAAUUAUAAACAAGUAACUGGAUUCAAUAAUUGUCCUAUAUAACAAUCAAAAGAUUUAAGGUGGCGGUUGAGGGCUGUGGUUACUGGCCAUGACGGAUACUAGCUGCCCCAUAACGCUGAGCAGUCCUUGGUUAAACUGUGCCAAUGUGUUGAUCAACUCUGCCUCGCGAAGCCCAGCUGAAUGUUCCAGCUCCUGCAGGACUUGAAGUCGUCUUUCUUCAAAUUCCUGUUGAACCCGUUGCCGUCUGUCUUCGCGAUCCUCAGCCAUGAGGAAGAUCUCCCUCAUAGUGUCGAUGUGGUUCGAGUGUCCUCGUCUCCUUUUUCCUGGUGAAAUACACGGUACAGUAUAAAUAAAUCCGUGCAAAUCAUCACAACGGCGUAUUUACACAGCGCUGCAGCUACACAACCAGGUAAGUCAAAACCUUAAAGUCACCUGGAGCAUCUGAACGCUGACCACUGGACACAAUCCACAGAAAUCAAAAACCAUGCUCUGAGUAUUACACAAAGUGUGGGUGAAGUCUUUUGAUAAUGAUUGGUUGACUGACUGUUGCAGCUUUUCAGAAUAAAACCACAUGAAAAUGAAGAACCUACGAGUGAUGUGGUUAUGUGGUGAACAUCACCAAAAUCCACGAGCGCAGGAAACGCCUCUAACUGACAUCUCAUCAACACGCUCUGAAACUAGGAGUUUAAAUGCAGUCUAAAAAAACAGGACUCUCCUUUGAAAAUACAAAUAAUAAUAAUAUUAAAGAAGAGGAGGAGAAGCAGGACAGUGAGGUGUGGAAGAGUGAGUGAAAAAUAAUUAUAAAAAAGAAACAUGAAGUAACGUGCUAGAGUGAUCUUUUAGGCAAGCAGAAAUUCAGACUGGAGCAUAACUUGUGUAACGUUUCUGUGGGUAAUUUGUCAAGUGAGCUGCUAUGUAAUCUAGGUUUAAAAAAAAGUAAGAAAAUUUGGGUUCAUGUGGACGUUUUGGUCCUCAAUGGCUUUGAAAGGUUUUUUUUUUUUGCAUAAAAGUAAAAAAAAAAAAAAUCACACAAACUGUGUACCUGGCAACCAUGAUAAGGACACCAGAAUGUCAAGAACAUUUCAAUUUACAUCACUUACUUUUAAUGUUUUAUUUAAAUAACAUUUUCUUCAAUCUAUGAUUAGUUAGCAGGGUUGUUUUAAUGAACUGUCAGUAUCACAGUACUGAAAAUAACAAAAAAUGUAAAAGCAACAUAAUUUUUAUUCAUUCCAUGAUUUUCCUGAAAUGAGAGCUGAUGGAAUGUGUUAUUUUUCCUACUCUGUAAAGGAUAACCCUAUAUGGGUGUUUUAAUCACAUCUUAACAUAUUGACAUAUUAAUGCUAGAAUAAUAAAGUUAUGGGACUGAUAUGAUUUUACACUCACCAUCCACUUUAUUAGGAACACCUGUACUACUGCACAAUCACGCCAUUAUGUAAUCAAUGCAAAAAAUAAAUAAAUAAAUAAAAAAUCAUGCAGAUUCAGGUCAAGAGCUUCAGACAAUGUUCACAUCAAACAUCAGAAUGAAGAAAAUGUCUGAUCUGUGUCACUUUAACUCUGACAUGGAUGAUGAGAUCAGAUGGGCUGGUUUGUGUAUUUUUUAAACCGCUGAUCUGGGAUUUUCACACUAAACAGUCUGUAGAGUUCAGUCAGGUGUACAGGCGUUCCUAAUAAAGGUGAUGCUUAUUUUAAAAUGUAUGUGAAGGUUGGAAAUGAAAAAGAAAAAAAAAAAAACUGUUUAAGAGUUUUAAUAUAUUUGUAUAGAUUUUAAGUCAUUGUGUCUUCACAUACAUAUUUGUGGAAGUACCCAUAUAGCCAAUUAGAUUAACAGGUGUUUUGAAAACUAAAAUAAUUUCUAGGUGACUCCAGAGUCUCGCGACAGGUAAGUCUUCACAGCACUCUCAUGGCUGUCUGUGGCCACGAGACAAAGGAAGCAAAUGUGUCUUGUCUUGGUGGGAGAGAUAAUAUAACUCAACCCUGUCCAUCACGGUGACUCCAGCGAGAUCAUGGGCGUGAAAUAAUUGUGAAAUGUAUCUUUAAAACGUUCAUCUUUCCAGUUUUCCUCAGAAAGUACACCUUUUAAAAGCAACACUACAGUUCUGCUAACUUUUGAUGGCGAACCUAAACGAUGUGAGUACUUAGAAACAAGUAAUGAGCUGAUAUUUUGGUCUCAUCACUCAGCCUUUUGUUAUACAGAUUUCUGUAUAGGUUUUAUUUAUUUAUUUUAAAAAGAAAAGGACAAAUGAAUUCAGGCAUUUUGUGUUUUGUUCUGUAAACCUCUUUUAUAUGUUCUGAAAAUUGUUAAAACAAGAGUUCUCUCACCUCUGACUCGGGGCAGGUUAGCUCGGGGCUCCUCGGCUGUGAUGUUACUGGACGCCAGAGAGGACAGUCCUGGAGACAGGGGUAACGUUACUGGAAGUCCAGGAGAACUGAUCCUGGUUCUACUCCUGACAUCUGCAUUAUCAAUACAGACUGGAGAAUAAACACACAGGAUCAGUUACAGCUGAGAGCUUAAAGUUAGGUGAACGACACACAAACAUUACCAAAGACAUUUUGUUUUGUUGGUUCUUUACCUGACAAGACAUCCUCGUCACUGUCUCCUCUGUCCUCCACGCUGUUACAGCUGAUGACA